UUCCCAAACCUCAGGCAGCCGUCAGAUGCUGGUCCACCGGAGGAAGUGAGAGGUGAACUCAGCCUGGGCCUGGUCGGGUGACACCUUUGGUGGUCACCUGUUCCCCUGACCACCCGCUGCCAUGGCCCAGGCCCAGCAACUGCGGGCGGAGAGUGACUUCGAACAGCUCCCAGACGAUGUGGCCAUCUCCGCCAACAUCGCAGACAUCGAGGAGAAGAGGGGCUUCACCAGCCACUUUGUCUUUGUCAUCGAGGUGAAGACCAAAGGGGGUUCCAAGUACCUCAUCUACCGCCGGUACCGCCAGUUCUACGCCCUGCAGAGCACGCUGGAGGAGAGGUUCGGGCCGGAGAAUAAGAGCAGCCCGUACACCUGCAGCUUGCCCACGCUCCCAGCCAAAGUCUACAUGGGUGUGAAACAGGAGAUCGCCGAGGCGCGGAUCCCGGCCCUCAACGCCUACAUGAAGAACCUCCUCAGCCUGCCGGUCUGGGUGCUGAUGGACGCCGAUGUCAGAAUCUUCUUUUAUCAGUCGGCCUAUGACGCGGAGCAGGUGCCCCAGGCGCUCCGCAGGCUUCGCCCGCGCACGCGCAAAGUCAAAGGUGUGUCCCCACAAGGUGCUGGCCUCAGCCACAUGGAGGCCCCACGAGCCGAGGCCCUGUUUGACUUCACUGGGAAUAGCAAACUGGAAUUGAGUUUCAAAGCUGGAGCCGUGAUCUUCCUUCUCAGUAGGAUCAACAAAGACUGGCUAGAGGGAACGGCUCAGGGAGCCACGGGCAUCUUCCCAGCCUCCUUCGUGAAGAUCCUGAAGGACUUCCCAGAGGAGGAGGACCCCACCAACUGGCUGCGCUGCUACUAUUACGAGGACGCUGUCAAAACUGUCAAGGACAUCGCAGUGGAGGAAGACCUCAACAGCACCCCGCUGUUCAAGGACCUGCUGAAGCUUGUGAGGCGCGAGUUCCAGAGGGAAGACAUCGCUCUCAAUUAUCAGGAUGCCGAGGGGGACCUGAUUCGACUGCUGUCAGAUGAAGAUGUGGCUCUCAUGGUGAGGCAGGCCCAAGGCCUCCCCUCCCAGAAGCACCUCUUCUCCUGGAAACUGCACAUCACCCAGAAAGACAACUACAGCGUCUAUAACACAGCGCCCUGAGCCAGUAGUGUCCCUGGGGCAAGGAGAGGGGGCAGCUGGCAAAAGGCGUUCACCCUCCGUGGAAAUGAGGGUCUUUAGGACGGGCCGGGCUGGGGUCUGCUGGCCUGACUCCUCCUCUGUUUUGGCACAUACCCUAGGAAUUAAAUAAAGCCUUUCAUCUGUAAGGACUGGGGGAGAUGGAAUCUUUGGGACAAGGGCCAAGAAAUAAAAUGCCAUCAACUAAGCAUCCACAA